AUGGCUGUGCUGGGGCUGCUGCUGGUCCUGCUGGGCUGCACCGGGGCACUGGACCCUGCCCUGCAGGAGACCUGGGAAGGCUGGAAGAGCCUCCAUGCCAAGAAGUACCCAGGGGAGGUCGAGAGCAUCCGCAGGCAGGUCUGGGAGAAGAACCUGCGGCGCAUCCAGCAGCACAACCAGGAGGAGUCCCAGGGGCACCACAGCUUCCGCCUGGCCAUGAACCACUACGGGGACCUGACGGCCGAGGAGUUCAUUUUUUCCCCCGCGCCGAAGCAGCAGGAGCCAGGGCUGCUCUUCCAGGCCUCGGGGGCCCUGCAGACCCCAGCACAGCUGGACUGGCGGGUGAGGGGCUACGUGACACCCGUCAAGAACCAGGGGCACUGCGGGUCGUGCUGGGCCUUCAGCGCCACGGGGGCUUUGGAAGGGCUGGUCUUCAACCGGACGGGGCGGCUGGUGGUGCUGAGCGAACAGAACCUCAUCGACUGUUCCCGAAAACUGGGCAACAGCGGCUGCCGGGGCGGGUACAUGACCCCCGUGGGGCCUGUCUCGGUGGCACUGGAUGCCAGCAGCUUCCAGUUCCACUUCUACAAGUCUGGAAUUUUCAGCAGCAUGUUCUGCAGCCAGAGGGUGAACCACGGGAUGUUGGCCGUGGGCUACGGCAUGAGCCAGGAGCGUGGGCACAACGUGAGCUACUGGAUCUUAAAGAACAGCUGGUCGGAGCUGUGGGGUGAGCAGGGCUACGUCCGCCUGCUGAAAGGAGCCAACAACCAGUGCGGGGUGGCCAGCCAGGCCAGCUUCCCCCUCCUCUGA